UAUUCAUUGCUUUGGCAGCAUCUGCUGUUGUUGAUGCGCACAACAUCUUCUAUGAUCUCCUACGAUGCAAAGUUGCACACUGGUCCAGCUGAACCGGAUUUCAAUAAGACUACGUCGUUUUGGAAACAACAGAAAAGAUUUGGAAGGCCCCACCACUGAGGAUGACCCAACAAUCGCGAUUUGGUGUUCCCAAUUCUCUGUUUCUCCUUCCCUUCCCUGCUCUCCCGCUCAAGUUUAAGCUCUCUACCAUACGCUCUGACCUACGGUGAUCGUCGGUCCUUCAAGCUACGGCAUGCUUGCUUACUUCUCAUUAUCGAUUUUGAAUUUGAUUUGGCUCCCUCUGGGCUCUAACCCUCAAGUUCCUCUAGCACAAACGACAUAGAGAACCCACUUUCUGUUGACUCGUUUACUCUUCCCUCCGUCUCUGGACAAAGCGACAGUCUGAAAUUGGUUUCUUCGCUGCCCUUUGAUUUUGAUUAUAAACUGGAUAUGUGCCUUUGUUUUGAAUGUUCCUGAAUUGCGUAUGCAUUUGUUGAUUAAUUGAGGCUUUGAGCCGUAGAUGAGGUUUGGUUUGUUAAUUUCGUGUAUGCUAGUUUACAUGGUUUGUUUAUUUUCUUUUUUGUAUAUUUACAAUUAGUUUGGCUGAAUUAAAUGGGAAAGUCGAAGUCUUUCUCUUUUCUUCAAUAUCUCAUGAAAAAGGUGAACAACUUACUUUGAUUUCUGUUUGUGGUUAAUAACAGAUGGAAAGCAGUUUUGCUAAAGAGCUUUACUCAGAAAGUUUGCACCUGUCAAAAGUAGAAUUGGGUUCUUCGCAAACUGCCAAUUUUCUGCGUUUUGACGAAGGUGAUUUGCAAGAUGAAGAUGGAUCUUUCUGGGCUGGUUCUCAUGAAGAACUGGAUAAAGCACCUGAUUUGGAUAGGGAGUGGGAGAGGAGACGCGACCAGUUUCACACGAUUGGAUAUCGUGAUGGCCUCAUAGCCGGAAAAGAAGCUAUUGUUCAAGAUGGAUUUAAUAUUGGUUUUAAGGAGUCAGUGCUUGAAGGAUACAAUUGGGGUAUUGUUAGAGGUAUUACCAGUGCACUUGCAUGCCUUCCAGAAGGGUUCAAAGAAAGUUUGAUUGAAACACAAGAAAAGAUAAAUAAUUUCCAGACCUUGUAUGAAUCUGUGCAUUCUCUUUCAACAACAGAUGCACUCAAAUUGUUUCAUGAUACAAUGGCAAAGAAAGCUGUGGAGCAGAGUGAGCAUCCUAACGCUACUUCUGAGAUGGCAAGCUUGCGAAAUGAUGGCUCAGACUGCAGUCUGGAAAAUUAUGUCGGAAAGCUUCAGUCACUUCUUCUGAAAUCUCCUGCAAUUGAAUCGCAUUUAUCAGUAAAUUAAUUUUUGUACAUAACUUUGUUUGGAACACUUUGUUUUGUAUUGAAAAAGUGACAUAAUGAAAAAUCAUUAGCUCA